AUGAAAACUGCUCCAACAGCUGAGCAGAUUCAAACGGUUCCGGAUGUCUUUACUGAAUUCGAAUGUUUCUAUUCUCUCGUUUUUGGUAGAAAUCGACACAUUCCCCGUGUAGAGAUUGGUACAGAAAACGUUAGUUAUGGUGAUUUUUCUCACAAGGGAAGGUUUAUGCCGAUAGCUCUCUUGCUUAUUGAUGUCAUUAAUUUUAUAUCAGAUUUAUAUUCUAAGAAACAAACUGCAGGUGUCAAGAGGAGGUCAAGUGAUGGGUUUAAUGACAGACUUCACUCUGCAGCUAAAGAAACUGAACGAGGUGCUAAACGAAUUACAGCUGAUGCCAAGUCAAUUGACAAGAGCAAGGAAAGGACCAAUUCAACAAGGGCAUCAAUAACUGAAACUAUGGGUAAUGAGAGUGCAUCAUCAAAAGUGUUAGUGACGUACAAUGAAGAGAGUGAGGAAGAAAGUAACAGUGAAACGGAAGAAGGCAAGCAGACAGAAGAAUCACAGUUGCCGGCAGACUUUUUUGAUACAUCUGUGAUAGCUGCUGGGAAUGAAAAUGCUCCAGAAACCAAAGAACUAGAGGAAUUUAGUGGGGGUGUCAUUCCUGAAGGAUUUUUUGAUGAUCCUGUAAUGGAUGCAAAGGUACGGAAAGUUGAGUAUCGAGACAAAAUGGACGAUGAGUGGGAUGCCUUUCAGAAGACCAUUAAAGCUGAAACACAAGUGUCUGAAGCUCUUAUAGAGGCUGAUGAUGUUGAUCUUCAGGAUGACAGACAGAUUACUGAAUGGACAGAGCAGAGGGACUGCUUUCAGAGAGUGGAGAAUCUGCUUUCACAGAAAGACACUGUGAAGCUGGUGAGGGACAGACCAGCACAAAUGGAAGAUGCAAGACUGGACAGAAAUAGUCAUCACAGUGAGAGUGAUAGUGAUGAUGUAGAUUUUGAUGAGUUUUUGGAUUGGAGAGCUAAACGUGUAUAGUAAGUAAUGUUAUUGUUUAGGCCAGAUCGAAUAGAAUGUACCUGCUCUAACUUCCGCUUGAAGUAUUUGUAUGAUGCUCACUUUGUAAGGUUAUAUACUUGAAAUUCAUUAAUUCACUGAGUGUGAGUCAGAGGAAUCCAUGUCUCAACUUAUCUCUGAUAGUAGUCACUGGCUUAGAUGGAGGAAAGAUACUAAAGCAGCACCAUUCAGAAAGGAUGUGACACAGUGUAGCGUGUUUAGUGAAAUAUGGUGCAGAAAAGAUUCAGUAGUGUGACUGCAGGUUUUACAUCUAGAUACGGUUGCGAACUUCGCAAAAUAA